AUUAUUCUGCGGUCCGACCGGAAAUAAACUUUUCAUGGCAACGCCAAGUCAAAAAUAAACAAUACAAACACUAUCGAAAUGGCUGAGACCGAGGGUGACCAAAAAAAGGAUGAAGGAAAGAAGAUUGUUCAUACCUACCCCUUAAUUAGGCAUUCAGAUAUGCCAGAGGAAAUACGUGUAGAGGCCAUGGAACUGUGUGUAACAGCCUGCGAAAAGUUCUCAAGUAAUAACGAAACAGCGGCGAAGAUGAUUAAAGAUACCAUGGACAAAAAAUUCGGACCUUCUUGGCACGUUGUUGUUGGUGAAGGCUUUGGAUACGAAGUAACGCACGAAGUUAAGAACAUACUUUACAUGUUUUUUGGCGGGAACGUUGCUAUUGUAUUAUGGAAGUGCUCUUAA